GGGGAGCCAGCCAUGCUCCGGCAGCUGGCGAUUUGGGAUGCGAAGGCCGAACCAGCCGGCUGGGAAGCCUUCGAUGGGGCCCACCAGGCCCGAGCGGCGGCGAAGACAAGUCUAGCGUGUCUGUAAUCAAGGGGCGUUCCUCGCCGUGUGUGGUUCCUUUCCAGCGCCUGGCUCUGCGCCUUUAAAUCCUCCCCCCAUUGUUCCCAUCUCUUGUGGUUUGAAGCAUUUUAUCCCAGAGCAGGAGGGAUUUUUUCCCCCUACCAUGUGCAGGCAGGGAAAGAAACCGGGGGCUGGAUUUAGCAGCAGAUUUCAGAGAUUUCCCCCCCUCUCCUCAAGAGAAAACUUCCGGGCCUGCCAGAGGUGGAUUUCCCUGCUUGGACUCACCAGCCAGUUGGAUUUCGAAGAAACGGAGUGAACGUCCAGCUUGGCUUUUGUUAGGCAAUAGCCCUUACAGCUGAGGCCGAAGUGGGAAACCAGCCACCACCUAGUUUGAAACCAACAAAUCGGAGUUUACACCUGGUUUGGAACUUAGGAAUCGGAGCUUCCAACUGGUUUGAAACGGAGAGAUCCUGGUUGACAAUUGGUCUGACGCUUCCAAAGCAAGAGAUCAGAGUCUACGAGUGAAGUGAAACCGAGACAGCAGCCGUUACGGCUGGUUUGUGACUUGGGAGCUUACAACCAGGCUGCAGCUAAGAAGGCAAGAAAUCAGGACUGGUCUGAAACGGACGAUGACAGCAAUCGGUGCUCACGGCUGCUGGGGAGCCGAACAUGGGAGUUUACACCGGAUUUGAAAGGCACGAAAGAAGACUUCGGAGUUGCUGACCAGUCUGGAUCUUCCUCCCAAGCAGCAGAAAAUAGAUCGGAGCCUGAUCCAAGAAGCGGUGACGCCCGGCUCCCAGUGAGCGAGCUCUCCCUGGAGGAGAUGGGUGGUGACAACUGAUGGGAACCCUGCGAGGAGCAGAGCAGAGGGGAGACUUUCCGAGGCAGCAGUCGGCUGGCCCAGGCGCCGUGGCCGGGGCAGGGAGAGACCCGCGAGUGGAGUCGAGGGAUUGACUGAAGACGAGGACGAGGACAUCGCGUCUGGCUGGGAACGGUUGCCAGCGCGGCCCACACGAAAUCAGCGCUUGGCAACCGACUGAACCCUCCCGGGAGCGAGGAGGUCGGGGUUUGGCAAAGCCCGAGCUGGGGGAGCAGCUGCCUGUUGCCGUGGCUGCAGCGCAGCCCCCCCAGCCCGGAGGAACCCCUGGAUUUCGUUUUGGACGAGGGCUGCCCGAGGCCUUGCUGCGUGGCUCAGCCUGCGUGGAUGGAAAUCCCACGUGGGCUGGGUGUUUUCCCACUGUCCUCGCUCUGGUUUCGUGGGCAGAGAAGGGGGUAGCGGAUUUUGCAGCAAGCCAGCGGUGCGUGGGGUCCAGUGAGCCGGCUCCCAGACCCCAGCCUUGGAGAAAACGGCCCCCGACCUGUCCCAUGCCUCCAGCCCCACGCUGACGGGGGAGCAGGCGUCUGCGCCCCCCUGGCGAAGGAGACCCACCCUCCGCUCUCUUGCCAGCCUCCCGGUUGGGAUCGGACACCCCUGGCUCAGGAUGUGGCCCGAGAUCCCCGGGGCUUGGGGGGAGCUGGGGCCGGCUCUUGGGGAGCACUGAGUCCCGGAGAGAGGGGAGGGAGGGCUGCAGACAUGCAGAGGACCAGUAUGAUCGGGAUCCCAAGCCUGGAGCAAGCCGGAUCCUUCUCCCAGCAGUUCAAGGCCACGCGGUUCUCCUAUCACCUGGAGAGCGGGGCCGGCGGGCACCGAGCUGGCCCCCCGGGCCAGGGCUCCCGGCGGCUGGUCAAGAGUCUGUCCCUGGAGCCGCGAAGCGAACCCUGGCGUCCGGAGACUGCCCAGCGCCUCAGCUCAGACCCUGGGCCCCACAGCGACGGGGGGGAGCCCCGAACCGCCCUGCCCAGGCGGGCCCCGGGCCCCAAACCACAGGUCCCGCCCAAGCCAGGUCACCUCCAGAGCGACCAUCCCCCGCGGCCCCCGCCCCCCAUCCCCCCACCCCCCUCACGCCCCCUCCCGGCCAACCCCCGCCUGGGCCCCCGGAGCCCCCUGACGCUGCACCCCGAGGCCCAGGAUGGAGCUGGCUCCACGGCCGUCUUGUCCCUCAUUGAGAAGUUUGAGAGAGACCCUGUAAUCCCAACCCCGGAGCAGCCACCCUCCCCCACCAGCCCGGACCCGCUGGGCCCUGGGGAGGCCAGCGCAGCAGAUGUAACCCCCAAGCUACUGGCGCUUUGGGAUCUGCCGGGGGGGCAGGAGUCGGGACCAGCCGGGCGGGGGGACCAGGCCCCCUGCCUGCCUCCCCCGGCCCCCAGCGGGAAACUGGCCAACCGGGACAGCGGCUUUGACAGCAUCAGCUCCCCCUCCACCAGCCAGGAGCUGGGCUUCGGGGGGGAUGAGGUGCAGGGCGACGGGGGGGGCAUCCCGGGCCCCCCCCCCAGCCUCGACUCCGAGGUGGACAGUGACCUGGACGAGGGGAGCGGGGACGACGGGGAGCCGGGGCCGGGCUCGGGGCCCCCCCGGGCCGAGAGAGACAACGGGCCGGAGCUCACAGCUCCCCAAAAAGCCUUCCACAUCGCCAAUGAGCUGCUGCAGACAGAGAAGGCUUACGUCGCCCGGCUGCACCUGCUGGAUCAGGUGUUCUGUGCCCGUCUCCUGGAGGAAGCCCGCAGCAGAAGCUCUUUCCCUGGUGACGUGGUGAUGGGGAUUUUCUCCAACAUCUGUUCCAUCUACUGUUUCCAUCAGCAGUUCCUGCUGCCCGAGCUGGAGAAGCGCAUGCAGGAAUGGGACAGGCACCCCUGCAUCGGGGACAUACUGCAGAAGCUGGCGCCGUUUCUCAAGAUGUACGGGGAGUAUGUCAAGAACUUCGACCGGGCCAUGGAGCUCGUCAACACCUGGAUGGAGCGAUCCGCCCACUUCAAGCUGAUUGUCCACCAGAUCCAGAUGGAGGAGGCCUGCGGGAAUCUCACCCUGCAGCACCACAUGCUGGAGCCCGUCCAGAGGAUCCCCCGUUACGAGCUUCUGCUCAAGGAUUAUCUGCAGCGCCUGCCCCCUGGCGCCCCGGACAGCAAGGAUGCAGAGAAGUCCCUGCAGCUGAUUGCGACGGCAGCGGAGCAUUCGAACGCCGCCAUCCGCAAAAUGGUAGGAUGGGGUCCGAAGUCCAUGGAAGACUACGACUCCCACGAGGCUUUGCGCUCAGACGCUUGA